CUGCUCAUCGUCAUCAAAAAACCUCUUCUUCCUCCUCCUCCCCCUCCUCCUCCUCCUCUUCCAUCUCUUUCUCUCUCCCCACCUAAAAAAAUACCAUCAUCCAUUUUCCCUUUUCAACCCCACCACUAUCACUGCCAUGGCUGCCAACAUCACCACCAACCGUUACAAAACCCUAAUUGCAUAAACCACCUCCACCCUUCAUAAAUCUUUCUUUCAUUUCUCUCUUUCUUUCUUUUUCUUUAAUUUCUUUAUUUAUUUUCCAUAACACUCGAAUUAAAUGUUUGAGCUAUGGACAUAGCCCCAUCAACCACCUCCACCACCAACAACAAUACCAUCACAAAUACCCCAACUGCUAAAUCCCCUGACCAGGAAACGGAAACGCCUAUCCGAAUCCAAUCUGCUAAGCCUUUAUCCCUCACCAAUGGUGUUCUCAAGCGCCACAAUCCCCACCACCAUCACCACCACCGCCACCAUCUUUCUGCUCCGCCGGUGGACAUAACUUACAAGGAAUGCCUCAAGAACCACGCAGCUACUUUAGGUGGUCAUGCACUAGAUGGCUGUGGAGAGUUCAUGCCUUCUCCCACCUCUAACCACAACGACCCCACCUCCAUAAAAUGCGCUGCCUGCGGUUGCCACCGCAACUUCCACCGCCGUGAACCUGAAGAUUUCCCUCCCCCUGCAAAUACUACCACCACCAUAGAGUACCAGCCCCACCACCGUCACCACCCUCCACCCCCACCUCCACAAGCAGUACCACAACCUUAUCGAAGCUCCAAUUCAGCCUCUCCACCACCGAUCUCCUCGUCGUACCCCUCUGCCCCACACAUGCUGUUGGCGCUCUCAGGUGGUGUAUCUGCAGGUUUAAAUGACAAUUCGACUAUAAAUGUUCCAGGUGGUUCUUCGGCGAGAAAACGUUUCAGGACCAAGUUUAGCCAGAGCCAGAAAGAGAGAAUGUACCAGUUCUCAGAGAGUAUAGGAUGGAAGAUACAGAAAAGGGAUGAAGAAUUGAUUCAAGAAUUCUGCAAUGAAGUUGGGGUUGACAAAGGCGUCUUGAAAGUGUGGAUGCACAAUAACAAGAAUACUUUCGGCAAGAGGGAUGCUAAUGGGAAUGGUAUUAGAAGCAAUGAUCUUGAAAACGCCCACCAGACCACCACCACCACCCCGACCACCGUCACCACCAACAACAAUAACAGCAGUGAGAACGUGAAUCAUCACCAACUCUUUGAGAAUGAUAAUCUUGAUCAUGUCGGCACUAAUGGGUCGUCUUCAUCUUCUUGAUCUUUUGAUGGGGAAGAUAUUGAUGACGAUAAUAAAUGUUAGCUAGAUAUAGAGAGUAAGCAUGAGGGCUGUGGAGGCAAGAGAGACAAACACACAGAUAGAGAUGGAGAGAUUCUUCUUAUCUUGUGUCUGAGAGAAAGAAGCAAAAAGUGGUGUCACAUGAAUUAGGGCGGUUACAUAUUAUUCUAACAUAUCUCUCAUUAGCUUUAAAGAAUGGCUUAGGAUUUUGCAGAGAUCAUAGAAUACUUCUGAUUAUGCUUUUUUUAAUUUAAUCAGGAAUGCGUGAUUUCAAAACCUUUUUCAAUGAUCAGCAAUUGCUAUUUUUUAUUGGA